AUGGCACCACCACCAAUCAAACACAAAGCCCUGCUCAAUGUGGAUUUGGGAGAGGCUUACGGAAACUAUGUCUGUGGCCCCGACCUGGAACUCCUACCGCUCAUCGACCAUGCCAAUGUCGCGUGCGGCUUCCACGCCGGUGAUCCGUUGAUUAUGCAGGAAACCGUGCGGAACUGCAAGAAGCACAACAUCAAGGUCGGCGCACAUCCGGGGCUGCCGGACAUACAAGGCUUCGGACGGCGCGAAAUCAAAAUGUCCCCCGAGGAAUUGACCGCCAUAACGAUCUACCAAGUCGGAGCCCUCAAAGGCUUCCUGGACCGCGAAGGCGUGCCCCUGCAUCACGUCAAGCCGCACGGCGUCCUCUACGGGAUGAUGUGCCGGGAUUACGAAAUCGCAAAGGCCGUGAUGGAGGGCAUCCCGAAAGGCACGCCGGUGUUUGGCCUGGCCGGGACGAACAUGGAAAAGGCGGCCAACGAUCUCGGCAUCCCCUUCUGGGCCGAAAUGUACGGCGACGUCAAGUACUCGAACGACGGCAUGCUGGUCAUCGACCGGAAGAAGAAGGCCUGGGACCUGCAGGACGUGAGGAAACAUGUCAGCCAGCAGCUCAACUCGCAGUCCGUGACGGCCACGGACGGGAGCACCGUCCAGUUGCCUGUCAAGGACUACCCGAUCUCUAUAUGUUGCCAUUCCGACUCGCCUGGUUGUCUGGGGAUCAUCAAGACGACAAAGGAGGUGAUAGAUGAGUUCAAUACGGAACAUGGGCGAUGA